AUGUCCACCGCCUCGUCUGCGCCGCCCGCAGACGCCAACAAAGAGAACAAGGGCGACCACCGCAAGAGCCUGGGCAAAUAUGUGAAGCGCAUGAGUAGCGUCUUCAAGCGUGAGAAGUCGUCCAAGAGCAAGAGCGCUCCUCCUACGCCCACCCUCGCAGGACCUUCCGCAGCCGCCAUCGAGGAAGAGAAGGAGCCAGCACCCGCUCCCGCCGCUGACCCCGCUCACAUCGCACCCCACGACGCUGCUGCUCCCGCCCAUGAUGCCUCCAAGCCCGCCGACGCCCCCGUCAUCACGACGCACCAGCGUUCCGCCCUCCAGCAAGAGCGAGCCCGCGCCCUGUUCGCAAAGUACGGCCUCACCCUGGAGUCGCAUGAGUGGAUCGCCGCACCCGCAAUGCCCGUGAACGUCCAGCGUAUCGAGAAGCCCAUUCGCAUGCGUGUCCACCGCACCUGCCACCGCUGCGGUACCACCUACGGCGCCGACAAAGUAUGUGCCAAGUGCGAGCACAAGCGCUGCAAGAAGUGCCCGCGCUACCCCAAGAAGAAGACGCCGCUCGAAAAGGCUCAGGCCCAGGCCCAGUCCGACGCUCAAGCUGCAAAGGUGCUGCCCAAGAAGAAGCGCGUCCUCACGCUCCCCGCGCGGGCCGGCGGCGAGCUGGCGUACCAGCCUGCAAAGCAGCGUGUGCGUCGCAACUGCCACAAAUGCCAGGCCCUGUUCAUCCCACCCACCGCUACCAUCUGCGAGUCGUGCCGCCACAUCAGGUGUACCAAGUGCCCGCGCGAGCCGGCGAAGCUCAACAAGUGGCCCAAUGGCUAUCCGGGUGAUGUCGAGUACGACAGUGACACCGAACUGGAGCGCGAGCUGGAGCGCUCCAGACGCAUAUGGCGGAAGCCAAGAACGCGCGUGCGCUGGGAAUGCGAGCAGUGUACCACCACCUUCCUCGACGGCUCGCCGCAGUGUCCCGGCUGCGGCCACGAAAAGUGCGAAAAAUGCGUCCGCAAACCGUACGUAGUGUCGCCCUUCCCUCCCAUCACUAUACUUACAGAGUGCAGCAUCAAACGCGUCAAAGUGCAGCGCAGCUUCGACCCCGAAGUCGUCAGGUCGGUGGAGGCUAAACUCCAGAGACUGCAGAUGCAUGAUGAAAGGCUCAGUCCGCCGAUCACUGAGGGAACGACUACCUAG